CAAUCCGUGGCUGUGAUAGAUCUGCGCCGUGUUGCAGCCGAAAUGAGUUGUCAGAUAACCUGUCUGUCCUGGGUAUCUCGGGGAGUCGCUAAGCAGGUCCCUGACAAGGUUCAGCUGAGUAAAGAAGAACUGACCAGACUUAUUUCUGAAGCAAAAGAAGAAUUAGAAGGAGAACUUGAUGGCGAGGAAGAUGAAGUUGAGCAAAAUGAAGAAGGCAACAUGGAAAGCACUGAAGACCCCGAGACAGACGCAAACGAGGCUCCCCAAGAUGGCGAGGAACAGGACGAAAGUAUUUCAAAGCUGAAAGAUGACGAUCUGGCAGAAUAUGAUCUGGACAACUAUGAUGAAGAAGGAAGGACAGAUGUUGUGAAUCUUGGAGACAGUCUUGCUGGGCUCUCUGUGUACAGCAGUAAUGAUGAAGAUGCUUAUGUUACACUGAAAAAUACAGAACAAUACGAGCAAGAAGAUUAUGUUAUUAAACCCACGGAUAACCUACUGGUUUGUGGACGGGCAGAAAAGGAUCAUUGCAAUCUGGAGAUUCAUGUCUACAACCAGGAAGAAGAUUCUUUCUAUGUCCACCAUGAUAUACUUUUGCCAGCGUAUCCACUUUGCACAGCAUGGUUGAAUUUCGACCCCAGCCCAGAGGAAUCUACAGGUAACUAUGUGGCAGUUGGUAACAUGACCCCUGUUAUUGAUGUUUGGGACCUUGAUCUGGUCGAUUGCCUAGAGCCCGUCUUCUCCCUGGGGUGCAAACAAACGAAAAAGAAGAAAAAGAAAGGCAAGAAGGGGGCUUCAUCGGAAGAAACACAGGAAGGACAUUCUGAUGCAGUGCUGGACCUUUCAUGGAAUAAACAAGUCAGGAACGUGCUGGCCAGCGCCUCGGCAGACAAUACAGUUAUACUUUGGGAUCUGUCUGUGGGGAAACCUGCGGCCAGCCUCACCAUGCACACAGAUAAGGUGCAGACACUGCAGUUUCACCCUUUCGAACCGCAAACACUCAUUUCUGGAUCUUUUGACAAAUCGGCCAUAUUAUACGACUGCAGAAGCCCACAGGAAAACCACAGAACGUGGCGGUUUAGUGGGCAGGUGGAAAGAGUCGCUUGGAAUCUCUUUUCUCCUAGGAACUUCUUGGCGAGCACAGAUGAUGGAUUUGUGUACUGUUUGGAUGCUCGAUCUGAUAAACCGCUGUUCACAAUUAAGGCACAUGACGGAGAGGUGUCGGGACUUGCCUUAAGCAGCCAAAUAAAGGGAUGUCUCGUGACUUCAUCAGAAGAUAAAUAUGUGAAAAUUUGGGACAUUAUGUUGGACAAGCCAAGUCUAGUUCACUCCAGAAACAUGAAAAUGGGUGUAUUGUUUUGUGCUGCGUGUUGCCCGGAUUUACCAUUCCUUUAUGCAUUUGGUGGACAGAAAGAUGGGCUGCGAGUCUGGGACAUCUCCACUAUUGCUGCUGUGAAAGAAACAUUCGGAAGCAGAGAGAGGCUAGUGGUCUCCACGUCACUGGAUUCGGCAUCUGAAAAGGACGAGGCCAGCGGAACAGCAGACACAAUGGAAUCCUAAAUCCCUUCAACCAAAUAUGUUUCACUAUAGAUCAUUACAGCAUGCAGUUCUAUGGCCAAGUGAUCUAUGGCUAAAGGUGGCCAUACACGGGCCAAUAAAAGCAGCCGACAGACAAAGUCAGCAGCUUAUUGGCUCAUGUGCGGGGCCCUCUGACGGGCUUCCCCGAUCGAUAUCUGGCUGAAAGUCGGCCAGAUGUCGAUUGGACAGGACUAAAAAUCCCAUUGGAUCGUGGCUGCAUCUGUUCGUUGAUGCGUCUCGCGAUCCGACUGCCCGUUUAUCCUUCGUUAUGAUCCGAUCGUUGGGCGCUAGGGCCCACAAUUGGAUCAGCCCGAUAUCGCCUACCUCCAGGUGGGCAUAUCGGGGAGAGAUCCUCUCGUUUGGCGAGAUCGCCAAACGAGCGAAUCUCUAAGUCUAUGGCCACCUUAUGUUAACUAUCUGGCAGAUGAGAAAUGUUUGACUUGUUCUACUGAGCAGCAUCGAUUGAAAUACCACGCGGUGCUGCGGAUGAAGUUGACAUGCGAUGGCAAUAUACUAGCAAGUUCCAUUUGCCAGCUUUUUGUCUUCUUCUUCUUCUUAAAUGUGUACCAUAUGCUAUGGCCCCAAAACGCUAAACAUGUAGCCCUGUCUGUGGAGUUAUUUGUGGUUUUAGGGCAGAGCAGAGAGAUAAUGUCCAUAUAAUACACAAGCUACGAAUAUCUUGUAAAUUAUAUCCUUAUAAACAGUGAGUAGUGAUGUCAUCAGUUAUAAACGGUGAGUUCUGAUGUCAUUUCUGUCAUGUGACUCACUGAAAUUUGUGUAUUAUAAUAAAUAAAGUACCCACAGCUGUAAAAUAUGAGGAUAUUAGAAGUAACCUCGGAGGUUACUUCUAAUAUCCUCGUGUUUUUAUAUGGUCAUGAAACUCCUCGUGACUUAUAAUAUCCUUAUAAUAUACAAGAGGGGGUACUUUAUUCACUAUAUUAUACACAGAGUCAUCAUGAGCUUUGGGUUUUCAAGUGGCUAUAGAUUAUUUUUUAUCAUGAUGACGGAUUUCAAUCCAAAUGCCCCAUGGCCACUCUCACCCCCCCAUUAUCCACUGCACCCAAACAGCCCACAACCCUACUGCCUCACCUGUUCUCUGCUGUGCCAAUCAUGUUGUUCCUUUAAAACACAUUGUUUUUUUGUGUUACUGUUCCUUUAAAACAGGGAUCCCCAACCAUAAUUUUUUUUUUUUUUUUUUACCCGUGAGCCACAUUCAAAUGUAAAAAGAGUUGGGGAGCAACACAAGCUUGAAAAAGUCCCUGGAUGCCAAAUAAUGGCUGCGAUUGGCUAUUUGGUAGCCCCCGUGUGGACUGGCAGCCUACAGGCGGCUCUAGUUGACAGUACAUCUGGUUUUUAUACAACCAAACUUGCCUGAAAUUUAAAAAUAAGCACCUGCUUUGAGGCCACUGGGAACAACAUCCAAGUGGUUGGAGAGCAACAUGUUACUCGUGAGCUACUGGUUGGGGAUCACUGCUUUAAAACAACACACAUUAUGGGGGUUAUUUAUCAAGGUCUGAAUUUCUCUAAGUAUUUGUAACAUAAAAAUCAACUCAAAAAUCGAAUGCCAGAAUGGACCAAAUUUAUCAUUAAAAAAAAGUCCGAAAAAAUUGUCGGGCAAAAAUCCGAUAACUUCGGAGCUUUGCCCGAAAAGUCAAAUUUUUUCGUACUUUUCUGAAAAUACAAAGAAUUUUUCCAAUUUUUCGGUCCAAAAUCCCCAAAAUGAUUGGAUAUCAGUACGGACAUCAGCGCAGGCACUGGGACUUUCACCAUUGACUUAAACAGGACCUUGAGCGCUUUGAGAUGCCAGAUUUUCGAAGUCAGGCUUUUAAGACCAUCGGGCUUUAAUAAAUUCCCAAAAAUCCAUAUUUUUUUUUAAGUCCGAAAACUACGAAUUAUUUGAAUUUCGGAUAUUCAGUGCAUAAUAAAUAACGCCCUAUAUAAAAUCCUUUGCGAUAACAAUUUGACAUUAUUUUGUGACAUUUCUUAAAUGUAAAAAAAAGGUCAGAAUAUGCUGAUAAAUGUUGAUUUAAAAAAGAAAAAA